UGAAAGGAGAGUUAUAACUUCACAGAAAUGGAAAGGUAAAGUUAGUGUGAGCAGAGCUUCAGUCCAGACAGCGUCUCUGUUUCUCUGAAGAAACAACUGAAUCCAGCAGCUUCUUCUCAACAACACAGCCAAACACUGAGUGUAAACAUGUCUGCUGCCAGCUGUCUGCUGACUGAAGAUCAGUUUCUGUGCUCCAUCUGUCUGGAUGUGUUCACUGAUCCAGUCACAAUACCAUGUGGACACAACUUCUGUAAAGCCUGCAUCUCUCUACACUGGGAUACUAAAGUCCCCUAUCAGUGUCCCAACUGUAAAAAGUUAUUCCACACAAGACCUGAUCAGCUGGUCAACACUUUCAUCUCUGAGAUGGCUGCUCAGUUCAGACAGUCAGCUCAACAGGAAGCCAGCAGCAGCAGCUCAGAGCAACAAGUUGUCAAACCAAGAGAAAUUCCCUGUGACGUCUGCACUGAAACCAGACUGAAGGCCCUGAAGUCCUGCCUGGUGUGUCUGGAGUCCUACUGUGAGACUCACCUGAAGCCUCAUCUGACAAGGCCAGGCCUGAAGAAACAUCAGCUGAUCGACCCUGUGGAGAACCUGGAAGGCAGGAUGUGUGUGAAGCACGAUAAACUGCUGGAGCUGUUCUGUAAGACUGACCAGGUGUGUGUCUGCAUCCACUGCAACUAUUCAGACCACAAGACACAUGAUGUAGUUCCUUUGAAAGAAGGAUAUAAAGGAAAGAAGGCAGAGCUGGGGAAGACAGACGCUGAAAUUCAGCAGAUGAUCCAGAAGAGACGACUGAAGAUUCAGGAGAUGAAUGGCUCAGUGGAGCUCAGUAAGGAAGGAGCAGACAGAGAGAUAGCAGAUGGUGUUCAGGUCUUCACCGCUCUGAAGGAGUCUGUUGAGAGAAGCCAGGUCGAGCUCAUCGACACCAUCAAAGAGAAGCAGAGAGAGACAGAGGAACAGGCUGAAGGCUUCAUCAAAGAGCUGGAACAGGAAAUCUCUGAGCUGAGGAAGAGAAGCUCUGAGGUGGAGCAGCUCUCACGCUCUGAAGACCAGCUCCACCUCCUCCAAAGCUUCACGUCCCUGAACGCUGCUCCACCCACCAAGAACUGGACAGAAGUCAGGGUCCACCCACCUUCAUAUGAGGGGACUGUGGUGAGAGCUGUGACUCAGCUGGAGGAGACGCUCAGUAAACAGAUGAAGAAGCUGCUUGAGGUCGAGCUGAAGACGGUCCAGCAGUAUGAUGUGGAGCUGAAGAGGGUCCAGCAGUAUGAGGUGGAGGUGACUCUUGAUCCUGAUACAGCACAUCCCAACCUCAUCCUGUCUGAUGAUAGAAAACAAGUUAAACAUGGUGAUGUGAAGAAGAAUCUCCCAAACAAUCCAGAGAGAUUUAAUUCUUCUACCUGUGUUUUAGCAAAGCAGAGUUUCUUUUCAGGAAGAUUUUAUUACGAGGUUCAGGUUAAAGGAAAGACUGCCUGGGAUUUAGGAGUGGUCAGAGAGUCGUUCAACAGGAAGGGAUACAUCACAAUGUCUCCUCAGAAAGGUUACCGGAUGAUAGUGUUGAGGAAUGAAAAUGGGCACCAAGCCACUACUGGUUCUGGAGUCCGUCUCUCUCUGAAGUCUCAGCCUGAGAAGGUGGGGGUGUUUGUGGAUUAUGAGGAGGGUCUGGUCUCCUUUUAUGAUGUUGAUGCUGCAGCUCUGAUCUACUCCUUCACUGGCUGCUGCUUCAAAGAGAAACUCUACCCAUACUUUUGUCCCUGUCUGAACUAUGGUGGCAAAAACUCUGCCCCUCUGAUCAUCUCUCCUGUCAAUCACACUGAGUAGAACAACCAUUUGAUUUUCUACAUAAAGAGACACUAAAUUUAAUAAAUGUAUUCAACGGGGGAAGUACAUUGUGAACAUUGUUAUUUUUUCAGAAUCUGAUCAGAGAUGUUUUACCUUGAUGAUACAAAUAAACACCUAAAAUACUGAUGAGUAUGUUCUAAUGUAAUCUACUUCAUUCUACGGAUUGCACUACCUGCUGUUAUGACUAAAAUAAUUGACUAUGACAUAAAUAUUUGCCACUUCUUUCCAUUUCUGGGUGAAAAAAAUGCAUUUAUUUUCUCAAGUUGUGUGUUCAUAAAGUGUUUCAUACUAGCUUAAAUAACUAGUGGAAGUGAUGCACUCCUUUUUCAUUUGUAAAAUACUGUAUAUACAAUUUUCUUUUUAAUCAUUUUAAAUUGAGGGAAAAAUGAUGGGUGUUUCUGACAUGUUUUUAAAGGGUAGAUUCAGGAUUCAUGCUUUAAUUACAGUAUAUUGGUACAAAAUGUAUUGACAGUUACUUGUGUUGAGUCUAUUUGUAUAUAACAUUACAAGGUUGAUUCUUAUUAUUACAUUAUAUGCUUAUUGAGCUCAUGAGAUGUUGCUAUGACUAUGGAAUAAAUAGACACAAUCAUCAAUCCCAGGUUCUGAUGGGUUGGAUAUUAAACGAAGGGAAAAGUCUUAGAAGAAAGUUUAGCUGCAUUUAGAAAUGUUGCAAAGACCAGGUGCAGACACUGUGGAGACAAAGAGUUAUUGAAAACAGGAGAUCGCCCUGGCCUUGAACAGUGUGAGCUCCUCGCCUACGCAUAACUGGGAACUAGUAUAAUGGAAGAUUCCCAAUAUCUAUUGCAGAAGCUUUAGCAAAACAAAUUACGGAGGAUAGCGUGACUAGAGUAGGGAGGGAACCUUUACCGGCCGGCCGAAUGGAGUUCGUGUUGCCAAGAGACUUUGUCCAAGUCUGUGCACCAACAAGGGAGGCCAAAGUCUAAACCACGGUCCUCCCCUUCUAGUCUCAACCAAUCAUAAAUGUACGGGCAGCGCCCUGAAUAAUAAAAUGUAUGCACGCACGAGGUUCAAGGCUUUUUGAUGGAUAUAGUGGUUACAGAUUACAGCUUUGCUGCCUGUGAUUUCUUUGACCUGACGGAGUCCUUGGCCAAGUGAAAUAUAUAUCUGUUGCUCUCUUUUAAUAAAUAGUUGAACUUA